AGGUUCCGGCCCCGGACCGCGCCAAUUCACUGUAUAUCUCCUGGAGCUAGGAGCUGGACAUAGAGGAACAGAAGAUCCUGCGUUCAUGACUAAACCUUAUGUAACCUUAUGUAGACCCUGUAUAUCGUAAUUCACAUGGAUAAUUUGUGAAUUAUUCUUCUUCAUGCAGAACUCUGACUGAGCCAGAGGUUUCAAGAAUCUGUUUCACUAUGAGCUACCCACCACCAGGAGGAGGAGGGGGUUACCCCUACCCACCCGAUGGUGGAGGGGGUUACCCCCCUCAGCCACCCCUCAAUCAGGCCUACCCACCCCCGGGACCAGGAGCGGGCUAUCCACAACCACAGACGGGCGGAGCUGCCGGGGCGUAUCCACCCCCACAGACAGGUGGAGCUGCUGGAGCAUAUCCACCCCAGCCUUACCCUGGAGGAGCCGGAGGGGUGCCACCACCUGCCUCUUACAACCCCCCACCCCCAGGGGGAAUCCAACCCCAGGGAUACCCAGGACAACCACUAUCUUACCCCACCCAGGGACAAGUACAGUACCCACAAGCACCGGGCACUUACCCUGGUAUGGCUCCAACGGGCUAUCCAGCCUCUGGCUCCGUCGGGGUAGUUGUGCAUGGCAAGAAGAAGAAGCAGAAGAAGCUGAAGAAACACAAGCAAAAGCGUCACUCAUCAUCUAGUUCUUCCAGCUCCUCAUCAUCAUCGUCGUCAUCGUCGAGUUCAUCGAGCAGUGACUCUGAUUGCAAAGGCCAUGGUCAUAAGGUGAAGGUGAAAAAACAUAAGAAGAAGAAGAAACACAAGGAUAUGUGGUGAAUUCAAAGAACUGGGGGGUGUUUCACAAAGAUGUAAGUAUGACUUAGAGUCGCAGUUAAAUACUGAGUUGUGUACGGUAUAAAUGCUUGACCGCAUUGUUCAGAUCAUGUCAUGACGACGCACACUACUGCGUAUCUAUCAAUAAGAUCGCGCGUUGCAUAUGAUGUACACGUCAGCAUUUAAGUGCGACUUAAGUCAUACUUAAAUCUUGGUGAAACACCCCCCUGGGCCCCGUAACAUAAAGGUAAGUGAGUAAUCGCAAAUUGUAAGAGCAAUUUUGAUUGGUUCCUCAUUACUGAGUACAAUGCAUAUACUUACAACAAUAUUGUAAUAUAGACAGGCUAUUUUUAAAUAGCGAUUAAUCGCUAACCUUUGUGUAAUGCAAUCUCUAACCUUUGUGUAAUGGAGCCUGGCCUGGGGAGCUUUUCAUGAAACAUAUUGUAGUGAUAUUUGCUGACUGAUUUGUUCUUAGCCAAUCAGAUGCUAGAAAUUUCUGUAGCUUAUGACUAUUUUCAGUGAAAAUCACUGAAUAAUUUUGAUCAAGAAAUGCUCUCCAGGGGCCAGUCUUACAAAGAGUUACUAUUGAUCCAACCGAUCGCAACUAAGCCAGCAAAGUCAACAUUUGAAAUGCAUGUUUGCUCAAAAAUUUAUCUACAUAUGAAUGUAUAUCCAUAAAUUCAUUGAUUACUUGACAAGUUAGUGUGUUCUCCUUUGUUUACAAAAGACAUUUUGCAAAUUUCCUGUAGAAAAAUUGACACUGAUGGAUUUCCUUAGAGUUACAAUUGAUUGGAUCAAUGUAUCAUGGGACUGGUAAACACUUUAGUAACAUGAAUAUCAGUAUAUGGGACUAGAGUGAAAUUUCAGAUCAGAUAAUUGGUAUCUUUGGAAGUUUUAAAAGGUGAAGAAAUUAAAUAUCUAACAUAUUUUGUCAAUAUCAUACUUAUAAUUAACAUACACAAAAAUCAAGUUAAAAAUUAUUUGUCCGGGGGUCAAACUCAAGGUCAAAUUAAAGGUCAAAGUUCAUGACCUUAUAAAUCGCUCCAAUACAUUAUUUGAUGCAUGUUUUGGAUUCCUCUCUGAAUUUCCUUUUGAAUAGUACCAGUUUUGUGAAAAUUGGUCAACACGUUACAAGGCAAUGGCCAUUGAAAGUUGAAGGUCACGCCCAUUUUUGUCAAAACAAGGAGAAAAGGCCGGGCCAUAGCACGAAAACAGACGGACCGAUUGGACUAAUUUUUUUCGUUUUGUGCUUUGGCCAUGGGUGAUUUUAUGUGUACCAAUUUAUAACAAAACUGAGAGGCUUGGGUGCAACCACUGGAUGAAUCCAGAUGGAAUGACCCAAAUGUGUUAUUACAACAAGUUUUAUGAAACAGGGCCCUGGUAUUUGAUAUCAUGGGAUUGCACUUAUCUUUUUGAAACAUUGUGCAUGGUGUAGGAAAAUGACAUGUAGUUAAAGAUUUACAUGUAGUAGGAAGACAAAAAUAAGUUUGCAUCUGUCCCCUUUUGUAAGGAAAAUACUCAUUAUGAAGAAAAGCAAGAGAAGGAUAGUAUGGAUCUUAUGCACAAAUCAAAAGACAAGAAACAAAGAAUUAAAAUUAAAAAAGGUGAAGAGUAGGAGAAGAAUUGAAAUGAAGGAUUGAAGUGAGAAUCAAAGUGAUUAAGAAGGAGAAGAGGAGGAGAAGAGGAGGAGGAGAAGAGGAGGAGAAGAAGGAGGAGGAGAAGGAGGAGGAGAAGAAGAAGAAGAAGACAAAGAAGAAGGGGAAGGAGAAGAAGAAGAAGUGGAGGAGGAGAAGAAGAAGAAGAAGAAGAAAAAGAAGAGGAGAAGAAGAAGAAUGAGGAGAAGAAGAAGAGGACGACAAGAAGAAGAGGACGACAAGGGAGAAGGAGGAGAGGGAGAAGAAGGAUGAAUUAUCUUCUAUGACACAGAGGCAGUAUUCUUUGUGGCUGUAUAGUAUUUGUUUUUUCUCUAUGCUUCCAUGAUAUAGUUAAGCAGUACUUUGUAUUUUGUAAUAUUACAAAUCUUUAUCAUGAAUAUCAAUAUCAGACUCUGAAUAAUGUUGGUAAUAAAGUGUGCUUUUUUAUUGCUAUGAAUCGCAUUACAUACAAUUUCUAUUCAUUGACAAUAGUAUUUUUUUCCUGUUCAGCUGUUCAUUAUUUGAAUUGUUAGUUGCCUUGGACAUUCAUUGGAUUAGAUAUGUGUGCAUUAGAAAUUGACUUAUUAUUAUUCUGAAUAUUAUUAUUAUUAUUAUGAAUUAAUUGAUAAAAACUUCAUGACUAUUUAGAGUCUUGUUGUUUCAUGUACAUUGUUUUGUGAAUACCCAUGAGCAUACAAUUUACAAACUUCUUCCUCAAUUUAAUUAGAUUUUUUUUUUUCAGACAGAGCAUGUCACCUUCUUUUGGGUGUAAACCAAAAGACAUGUUAUUAUAACAAAUGAAGCAUUCUGUAACAAAUUUACCAUCAGCCAAUCUGAUGGAAGGAUUUCAGUAGCUUAUAACUGCUAUUGCAGAUUUGUUAUUUUAACAAGUUUUAUGAAACAGGCCUCAGUCUUUCCAUC